GCAGUAGAUGAGUCACCUGGAACCUGCGACGAGAACCUAUCGCCACCAGCAUUGGCUCGUUUCAUCGCUCGCACGGGUCUAUGGGUCACCCCGCGUCUAUGCACCUCGCUCAGCUCACGCAUCUUGAUGCCGGCUACGCCAAGACUUUACCCCGCGGGUGCUCGAUCUCUUUACCUCACGGCAAUCUCCUGCUAAGACGCAUCCACUCGGGACAAUGUCUUUACCUCCGCCGAAGAUCACCGACCUCUCCCUCUAUGAAAGGCCCGAAGAAGUCGAGCUAUGCUACCAGGCCGCUUGUCAAGAGGAUAUCGAUGGUGUCAAGAAACAGGUCCAGAGUCUCCUGCAUGAACCUCGGUGGUCAACGUCUGAGCGAAACAAGCCUCAUCCCACCUGGCUGUCCGAAUCGCUUUUUAUCGCCGUUAAAAGGCAGAACCUCGAACUGGUGCAACUCCUGCUCGACGAGAAAGUCGCGGAAGAAUCAAAUCUUCCGUUUGAAGCCGCGGUACGUGCACGAGCAUUUAGGGUUAUGGAUCUCUUCCUUGGGCUUGGAUGGAAUAUAAACACACCAAUGGGCCCAGUGGCUUCUCGCCCACGGUGCUGAUCCUAACAGCCGCUGCGACUGGGAUUUGACACCUAUGUCUCAAGCUAUGUUGGCAGCACCGCUGGAUCUU